AUGAAACGGGUCUUUCUAUCUACUGCGUAUGAGAAUAUGAUAUUUGUAGACACAACAUCAUCGUGUGACCAGACCAGUUCUGCAAUUACUCGAAAUAUUAAAAAUAUUUCUAAAGUCAACAAUAAUGAGUACAGUGUAGAAUCAGAGACAAAUUCAAAUACUUUUUACACUGUCAGAGCCGAUUUAGCUGUUUGCGACUGUGAUGCUGGAAAAUGUGGAAGAUUUUGCAAGCAACUAUGUAGCAUUAAGCAAAAAUUUGGGGUUAUAUUUCCGAAUUCUCCUCGGCUGUCUAUUCAUGAUAGAAUAUCACUAGCAAGAAUUGCGAUGGGGGAUGAGAUAAAUGAAAAUUUUUAUAUGAAUAUGGAGCUGAGAUUGGAUCAAACACCAAACAAUGAUUUGGACUCGAUAGUACCACAGUGCUCUUCCUCCAACACAUAA